GUCCAUUUGGAGGAGGAUUUGGUCUUCUUUUCGGACAGGAGUCCAAGCUUUCUAGGCAUUUUUCCAGCAGCAAUGAGGAGCAAAUUCUUUGCCGGUGUCGCGAGGAGGGCAUUUGGAUCGGCUAGAUCGACGCGGCCUCUUCCUCUCAAAGAUGGGAGAGCUUUUGGAAGUGCCGCGAUUUGCAAAGGAGUUCCUCAGUCCGUGCUAAGUUUUGCUGCUCGUGCUACUCACGAGAGCACGGCAAGCGCGAAAUGGAUUUUAGCUGCGGCUGCUCUUCCAGCUGCUGUGCUGGGAUCCGCGGUUUCAACUGUGCACGCCGCAGAGAUUGAGCGAACUUUUAUUGCUAUCAAGCCGGACGGAGUACAAAGGGGUCUGAUUUCCGAGAUAAUUUCUCGUUUCGAGAGGAAGGGCUACAAGCUGGUGGCAAUCAAAAUCCUGACUCCUACCAAGGAGUUCGCUAUGCUCCACUACGACGAUCUUAAGGAGCGUCCAUUUUUCAAUGGACUCUGCGAUUUCCUGAGCUCGGGUCCAGUAGUUGCCAUGGUAUGGGAAGGUCAAGGAGUGGUAAAAUACGGAAGGAAACUCAUUGGAGCUACAAGUCCACACAACUCGGAGCCUGGAACAAUUCGCGGUGAUCUGGCGAUCUCUGUUGGAAGGAACAUCAUUCACGGAAGCGACGGGCCGGAAACCGCAAAGAACGAGAUAAACUUGUGGUUUAAACCGGAGGAACUGGUCGACUACGGCCUUGAUUCCGAGAAGUGGCUGUACGAGCCAUAAAACGCCGCGAAGAAACUUGGGAUCGAGAGACGAGAAAACUGGAGACGCCGUCCCAGAGAAAGCGAAAGAAGGAGAAGAAGAAGAGAACCAAGAAGUUCUAGCUGGAAUCUCCAAGCAGAGACAUUUUUGAUAAAACCAACACAAAAUAAUUCACAAAGGAAAGCUCUGCCGGCUUUCAUGAUCCA